GCUUCCGCUACGUUUAAUCAGUGAUUGAACGCUGCUUGACUCAACAUGUCCCGAGAAAGUAGCAUUGCGGGAGAGGGAAAAAUGUCCAGAGUCGAGUUUUGUACUCUGGGCAUGUUUAUUCUCGAUGAUAUCGACUUCGAGGGUUCCCGACCCAGCGUCAAAAAUGUUCUUGGUGGUGCGGCUUCGUUUGCGGUCAUCGGCGCCCGUCUGGCAGCGGGGAAAGAGUACUCCAGGUCGGUCAGUUGGAUUGUCGACGUUGGCUCAGACUUUCCACCAGAAGUCCUGGAUGUAAUUACGGCAUGGGAUACGAACUGCGUGAUCAGGAGGGACCCCGGAAGACUCACCACCAGGGCAUGGAAUGGUUACGGACCGAAUGAGAAACGGGCCUUUAAAUACUUGACCCCAAAGCUACGACUAGAGCCAUACAUGCUUUCGGACUCCCAAGUGCUGUCAAAAACGUUUCAUAUGGUUUGUUCCUCGUCUCGUUGCGUAUCCAUAGUGCGGCACAUUCUUCAACGUCGGGAGGCCCUGGCCGGUGGGUCCAACGAGAGGCCAAUCUUUGUCUGGGAACCUGUACCAGAUAUGUGCACGCCUGAGGAACAGCUGAAGUUCUUGGAGGCGUGCCGUGAGGUUGACGUUGUAAGCCCUAAUGACUUAGAGCUAGGCAUGAUGUUCGGACACCCGUGCUGGAAUGAAGGAAGCGCUGAAGGCAAGGAAACAGUGAACCAGAUUCUUGAUUCAGGGAUCGGAUCUCGGGGUGAAGGGUACUUGGUUAUCCGAGCAGGGAAGGAUGGCAGUUACGCUUAUUCUCGAGGUCUAAGGCUCUGGUUACCCGCUUAUCAUCAGCCGACUGCCUCAGGAAGCUCACCCGUCGUUGAUCCAACGGGAGCUGGAAACUCCUUCUUAGGCGCGCUAGCGCAGGGGAUGGUGAGCGAGGCAACCGCAAGCUGCGGAAAGUAUCACAGCAUUCCACCCGCUCUAAUUCUCGCCACCGUUGCUGCAAGUUUCGUCGUCGAACAGAUUGGCGUGCCUCGCCAGUCUACAUCUCAUGAGGGAAAGGAACUUUGGAACGGUAUUGAAUUUACGGAACGAGUCCGCCUUUACACCCACAAAUUUUGUCGGACACUCGAAGAAUCUCCUCAAAAUCACCUGCAGAUCAACUGA